GCGCGCCCCCCCCUGCGAUGUGGACGACACCAAGCCGGGCCCAAAAUACAGCCCGCAAGACACGAGGUGCCGUCUACGUUUGCCACCAUGCCUCGGCCCUGCCUUGAGCCGAGCAUGCACCUGCCCGUCUCGUUACCAUCGUCGUUGAUCGCUCCGGCUUCGGGCCCGCGCAGGCCGGCGACCGACGGAGCCGAUGCGGGGCUCCGCACCGUUUCCCGAAUGCGAGACGCCCCGGCCGCCCACUUAUAGCGGCCCGGCGACGGGCUCGGAAUGAUGCAGCACACAAACCAUAGCCAAGACACGGACAUGGCACAAAUCGUCGUCAUCGGCGCCGGCGUCAUCGGCCUCAGCUGCGCCCUGCGCCUGCUGCGCGCCGGCCACCAGGUCGCCAUCGUCGCCCGGGACUUCCCCACGCCGUUCGAGACGGCCACGGGCGCAGCCAUCAACUACACCUCGCUCUGGGCCGGCGCCCACAACCGCUGGAACCUGCCGACCACGCCCGCCGAGGAGCGCGAGCACGCCAUGGCCCGCCGCACCUACGCGCACAUGCGGCGCCUCGUCGAGACCAACCCCGAGUGCGGCGUCACCUUCACCACGGGCAUCGAGUACUUCGAGGACCCCCCGGAGGCGUACCGCGCGCUCGACGCCCGGCGGGCCGCCGAGCUCGGCUUCGAGGCGUUCCGCAGGCACGCGCCCGACGAGCUGCCCGAGGGCGUCGCCCUGGGCUUCGAGUACCGCACCUGGUGCGCCAACCCCAUGGUGUACUGCAUGUUCCUGCUGCGGCAGUUCUGCCUCGCCGGCGGCACGACCGCCGUCGCGGAGCUGCGCCACCCGCACGAGGUCUUUGCCAUGGACCCGUACCGAUCCGCGGCCGCCGUCGUCAACUGCUCGGGCGUAGGCUUCGGCGACGACCCGGCCGUGUUCCCCACGCGCGGGCAGACGUGCGUCGUCGCCAACGCCGUGUCCGCGACCGUCACGCGCCAAAACGCCGACGGCUCGUGGACCUUUGCCGUGCCGCGCGGCUUCGACGGCGGCACCGUCAUCGGCGGGACCAAGGAGCCCGACGACUGGGACCCGGAGCCGAGCCCCGAGGUGCGGGCCCGGCUGCUGGACCGCUUCGCCGCCACGCACCCCGCCGUCCUCGCCGACGGCCCGUACAGGGUCCUGCGUGACAUUGUGGGCCGGCGGCCGACGCGCCGGGGCGGCCCGCGGCUGGAGGCCGAGGCGUUUGGGCACCGCCGGGUCGUGCACGCGUACGGCCUCGGCGGCCGCGGAUACGAGCUGUCUUGGGGUGUCGCAGAGGCGGUCCUCGCGCUGCUCGAGUAGUGGUCUAUUCCCGCACAUUGUCGUAUCGUACACCGAUGUAUUGUACAUUUCCAAACGCCUGCCC